AUGACAUGCCUGAAAUGUGGCCAAGUCGGCCACCGAGCGGCGAACUGCACCAAGGAAAGAGCGCAUGCGGCAGAGGAUCAGUCAGCCCCCUUCGUCUGCUACGCGGAACAGGCGCUCCUUGGGGGACAGGGAGGCGACAAUCGGACGCCCACAACGGCAGAGGCAGUCCGAGCCGGAUGGGGAGUCAUCGACGGGGGUGCGACGCGCACCUUGGGGUCGGUUCAGGCCAUCGAGGCGGUGAUGAAGGUCAAUGAGGGCAAGCACGGGAAGACCGGGGUGCAGAGCGUGGACCUGCAGAACCGUCCGAUCUUUGGCUUCGCCGAUUCCGGAGAGGCCAAGUGCGUGUCAACCAUUGACCUGGGGCUUCGAGCUGGAGGACAAGAUGGAAUGUUGCGAGUGCACGCCCUCGACAAGGGCUCGGGACCUAUCUUGGUCUCAGUGGCCACGCUCCGAGCGCUCGGAGCUAUCAUUGACUUUGAGAAAGACCUCCUCGUCUUGCGGAAGCUGGUCCCCACCAAGUUGAUCCACCUCCAGAGGUCCACCACAGGCCACCAGCUCGUCAAUCUCACGGAUGACCUUUUUCAAGAUGCCACACCGGCCACAAAGGCCGUUCCGGGGAGCGAGAUUUUUGCGGAAAGGGUAGUUGAUUGUGCCAAAGUUGAUAGUUUUUCCAGUGGAGCUGUGGGUGCACAGAAGUUCAAGCAGAGUUCCGAGUCCGCAGAUGUCAAGGCGCUCGAUUACCUCUACGCCAAUGUGGAGAGCUGCGGCAGAGAUGUUGUGGGGUUUGGGCGCCAUGCCAGCUUGACCUAUGCGGAGCUGGUUCAGCAGUACCCUCGCUAUGCGGAGUGGGUGACCACCACUCACAAGGAGACCGAGGAAACGAACCCGCGGUUGAAGAGGCUGGCCGGGUGGCUGAUGAGAGCUACCGAUGUGAGCGAGCCGGUGCGACGGCCGACGACGACACAGGACCCGCAGCGGCUGAAGUUGAAGAUCAAGGGUGGCUACUUGACGGAGCCCGAAGUCGAGACACCACCAGCCACCACAGCCGCAUCCUCGGGAGCGAGCCCCUACCCUGCAGGCCAGAUGGAGCUCAUGGCGACUAUGAUGGAGACAAUGAAAAGCAUGCAGGAGGAGCUCAAGGAGAUCCGCCAGAUGGGGCCCCAGAACGACGAGCGCCCUCGGAAGAAGGUCAUGUCUAGUCACAAGAGGCUUCUGGAACAGAUGGAUCUUCCGUGCCACGUGGAGUAUACUGAGGACUAUGCGCGUUUCGGUUGUGGUGAGGUUUGCACUUGUGGAGAAAGCAAGAUUCGAGAUUUUCACAUGACGUGUGGGAAUUGCAUCAGUGGCCGCGAAGAACUUGAAUUUCAAACGGAUGAGGAGAAACAGCAGGCAGAGACCAUGGCUGCCAAGUUGACUAAGGAAAAGAAGUAUGGAAUUCAAGAGAUACAACCCCUGCUUGAGCUCAUGUCCCAGCUUCGUAUAGGAGUUAUGGAGUGA